AUCAGAUGUAAAUUUACAGGAAGCUGCUGUGUUCUGGCUCCUCUCCUUCCCUGCUCUGAAACACCCUCUUUCCUCACAGGCAGGACUGUGGUGGCAAAAAGUGGAUCUGUGCUAGUUAUCCCAGAUUGACAAUGGUUCGCAGUGGAAAAAGUGGUGGGCUCCACCUGAAGCAGAUUGCAUACUACAAGAGAACAGGGGAGUAUCAUCCCACAACACUGUCAAGUGAAAGAAGUGGAAUCAGGAGGGCAGCCAAAAAAUUCAUUUUUGAAGAAAAUAAAUUGUUCUAUGUUGGAAAAGAUAGAAAACAAAUGCGCCUGGUAAUUGUUUCUGAUGAAGAGAAGAAAAAGGUGCUCAGGAAAUGCCAUGAAAAUGCUGCUGGCGCUCAUCAUGGGAUAUCAAGGACACUGACUUUAGUGGAGUCUAAUUACUACUGGACCUCUGUAACAAAUGAUGUCAAGCAGUGGGUGUAUGCUUGCCAGCAUUGCCAAGUGGCAAAGAACACAACCAUCACUGGGCCCAAAACACAACCUUUCAAAACAGAAGACCCAUGGACAGCAGUUACUAUAGAGCUUAUGGGACCUUUUAAUGUUACCAACAGAAGUCACAAAUACAUCAUAAUUAUGACAGAUUUAUUUACAAGAUGGACUGUUAUCUUACCACUGCGUGACACUUCAGCAGCUGAAAUUGCUAAGGCACUCAUAAAUGUGUUUUUCUUAUAUGGCCCACCUCAAAAAAUGCCUAUUGAUGAAGGGAAGGAGCUCGUUUAUCAGAUAAAUGAAGAACUCUUUGCACUAUUUGGAAUGAAACAAAUUGUAUUGUCUUAUCCUCAGACAGAUGAUGUAAAUGAAAGAAUGUCCAAGACAAUCAAAGCUUUUCUUAGCAAGUACUGCAUUGACUAUCCAAAUGAUUGGGAUGAACAUUUGUCUGCUAUUGCCUAUGCUUUCAAUUUGACAAAUUUGGAGCCAAAUCAAAACACCCCGUAUUUCCAAAUGUUUAAACGUAACCCAUAUGUUGUUGAGCCAAUGAAUAUAUGCGUGGAAGGAGAAUACAGUAUGUUUGCCAAAAUAUUUGAAGCAACUAAAAAAGUCAGUCAAGCACUGGAAGAAGAGAAGACCUCAGAUUGCCAGGUGGAGAAAAACACCUCAGAUGAACAAAAAGUCAGAAACAAAAUCACAGUCAAAAGGAAGACACAACAAUUAAAUAGCCUGCAACUUAAAGUUGGUCAUGAAGUCCUCAGGCAGAGAAAAAACUGGUGGAAGGAUGGUCGUUUCCAGUCAGAAUGGGUUGGUCCUUGUAUUAUAGAUUAUAUCACAGAUAAUGGCUGUGCAAUAUUAAGAGAUGCCACAGGAUCCAGGUUAAAAAGACCCAUCAAAAUGUCUCACCUCAAGCCAUACAUAAGAGGGUCCGGUGAAAAAGACAACCAUUACUUUCUACAAGGUGCAGUAGUUGUUGACCAUGACUAUAUUGGCUUAUCUGAAAGAUCCAAUAAUUCAAGCCAACCAGACUCUGUUGCUGAUGGGGAAAUAAAUGCCUACACAAGAGAUGUCAUGUCUGCUGUACAGAUUUCACCUGCAGCCUGCAAAGAACAAGAAUCAACAGAUGGUAAACUCGAGUCGGAGUUGAGAGAAGAUCAUCGCGUUGAAUCAAACACUGCAAAGCCAGAGCAAUGGCCUUCACCUUGUUGGACGCUUCAGACCAAGACAGAGGAUACUUAAGCAUAGUCUUGUGUCACAUAUCAUUGCCAAAACAGUUUGGAUCUACCAUAGCAGACUGAAAAAAAAAAUAAUAGGUCCAAAUUACUUAGCUAAAUCCACUUUACUACUUUAUGAACAUGAGAGUUCUGCAGGUACCCACUGGUUAAUUUGCAUGGGUGUUAAGAAGGAAAUUCUUUGUUAGCAAAAACAGGCACACCCUAGUAAAAGCAGGAGUUUUCAUCAUGUAUUUGAAUUUCAGAUUUUGUUGGUAGAAUGGCAGUGUGGCCAUGCCUUACUGUUAUCCUCUCAGGACAAAAUGCCUCAUUUCACUGUAAUGACCUUUUUUGUUAAUCCUUAGAUGACUCAUUCCUAAUGUGCAGCAACACUGUGGGAUGAAUAUAACCUAAACAACUUGGUGUAAAUGUUGCCUUUACUGGAGAGAAGCUCAUGUCUUCCUUUUCCUGUUACAUAACAGUUUUCUGUUCUUUCUGGGAAGCUGCAAACUCUGCCUUUUACAACUUUUAAUUUCUAGUCUACCACACAGUUCUAAGAUCUCACAAAAUAAUAAAGCUGUGAAAUGAAUUACAUGUAAUGUUCUGUGAAUGAAAGAAGGAGGCCUUCAUCUGCUCCCCACUUAUCAAAACACUGCUAGGGUGAACAAUUUUAAUAUUUCUAGCAUGUAAAAAAAUCUUAAGAGCAUUCAGUAUUCCUUUGUGCUUUUUUUCACAAACUUACAGUUUUCCAUUACAUUUACAUGAUCACUGAGCUUGUACAGGUUUGGAGAUUUCCACUGACAGGUGAAGCACUGGUAUUAACCUAUUCUCUGAUUUCCUUGAGCAAGCUGUUACUGGUCUGGACUUCCUGCUGAGAAGACUUUAUUUCAAAGUCAGCUGAACAGGAAUUUUUUCAUGUGGGAAACUGAUAAGUGUCAGUCAGUUCUUUUUACAGAGAACUGACACAAAGACGAAGACAACUAGCAGAAAACUGAAUUGAGAAACGCAGCCAUUUCUAUCCAAUACUGUGGAAGAUUUGCUUAUCUUGCUCUCUGAAUGUGUCUGAUUUCUGCUGCUGAAUGUCGUGUGACUUACAACACAGGUGGAGGAAAGUACUAUUUACUAUGAGUUUUCCGUUAAUCUUUGGUAAUAAGAGUGGUCCUCAAGGCUAAUUAGGUACCUAACCCCCAAAGAAAUUCAUGCCUAUGGUACAGUAUGUCUUUGAUAUCAUGGAAUGCAGCUGUGUGAGAAAAGAUCUCAGGAUCAUGACAGGAGUCUUUCUUAAAAUUCUAAAGGAAAAUAAUUAACACUCAAACUAUUUUGCAUCUUCUGAAAAUCCAGUCCUACAGAUACAGGUUUUCUCCACUGAGACUGUUUCAGAGGGAUGGUUCUGGGAGGCAGUACCCUCUUUCUGAAUACAUUGUGUGUGUGCACACAUGGAAUAUAUAUAUGUUUAUGUAAUAGUGCCUGCAAAAAUAAAUAUUAGCAUCAGUGAUAAAACUGGAGAACAA